AUGUACUUGGAUAACAAAGAUGACAGUACAAUUUCUAGACAACAAGAGAUGGAGCUGAAUCAGACCCCUUCACAUGAAACUGGUUUAUCUGCAACAGUGGCAUCCAAACCGGGGACGAGAAGUUGCAAUGAGCUGCGGCUAUUAAGAGAAUAUCAUGGCAUGGUAGCUAGUCUUGGAGAGCCACAGAUGCUUUGUGAAAAGAGAGCAAUAGGGGAGGAUGACUGUGUUGCUUUGGGGAAGGAUUUCACUCAAGUUCCCAUACAGGGAAGGUAUCACUUCAAUUUCUCCAAAUUAUUCAGCUCAAGGUCAAGAAACACUUGCUUUACAGAGAAGACACCACUGCUGAAGGUCUCCUCAGAGGACAAUGGGUUGCUGUGCAUGGCUAUUCACAAUCCAGAUUUUACCACAGAUGAUGAUUCAUGGGACAACAGCUCUGCAGAAUUUGAGCAAAGAUUUCAACUGGGAAGUGAAAUGACCAGUUUGUCUAGAUCUGCUUCUUCUGAGAAAUAUGAAAUCUUGGACAACCUUCAUGCCAAGUUCAAUUUAUCAAAGAUGAGGUGCUGUCUAAAAUUCCUGAAAGUUUCAGGUCUUUUUAUCUUUGUAGUUGUCUGCUCUGUUUUAUUUGGCAUUUAUCCAGAUCAAGGUAUGUCCUGGCAGAUGUUGGCUGUCUCGCCUCUGGAAAGCUUCUCUAUGAAUCUGACAGAUUUUCAUGAUUCUGCUCUGUUGAGGUUAGACCUUGGAGGUCCAUUUGUAGCAGAUGUAGAGGAUGAGCAAACAGAGGAAUACAUUUUAGUGCAAAUCAGCCAGACUGAAGAUGCUGUCCCAAGGAGGAGACACCAGCAGCAGGUGGUGUACAACUGGUCUCUACCUUUAAGUUCAAGAAGAAAUCAGCAAAUCAUCACAACUAGAACCUUUCAGAUGCCAAACAGAGGCACCAUCUUCAUAAACAUUCAAGCUUUCCUGCAGGAGCCUGGAAGCGUUCCUCUCUCCAUGAAACAUCAAUACCUUCAUGCUAAUAUAGAGGCACAAGUAACAAUUGCAUCCAUCAUCUUAGUUGGUGUCUAUGUGCUGAUCAUACUGGAAAUUGUUCACAGGACCCUUGCAGCGAUGCUGGGUUCUUUGGCAGCUUUAGCUGCAUUAGCUGCUGUGGGGGAGAGGCCAAGUAUGGUCAAAGUGGUAGAGUGGAUUGAUUAUGAGACACUGGCGCUACUGUUUGGAAUGAUGGUUUUGGUGGCCAUAUUUUCAGAAACUGGAUUCUUUGACUACUGUGCGGUAAAGGCUUAUCGAUUCUCUAGAGGCAAGGUGUGGGCCAUGAUUACACUUCUGUGCCUUAUUGCUGCAAUUCUUUCUGCAUUUUUGGACAACGUUACCACUAUGCUGCUCUUUACGCCAGUAACCAUAAGGCUCUGCGAAGUACUUAAUCUUGAUCCCAGGCAUGUCCUGAUUGCAGAAGUAAUUUUCACAAAUAUUGGGGGGGCUGCCACAGCUGUUGGGGAUCCUCCAAAUGUGAUUAUUGUUUCAAAGCAGGAGCUGAGGAAGGAGGGAUUGGAUUUUGCAGCCUUCACAGGACAUAUGUUUGUUGGUAUCUGCCUUGUUGUUCUGGUCUCCUUUCCUUUUCUCAGACUUCUUUACUGGAACAAAAAACUUUACAAUAAGGAGCCGAGUGAAAUUGUUGAGCUGAAACAUGAGAUCUAUGUUUGGAGGUUGACUGCACAGCGCAUUAACCCUGCCAGCAGGGAAGAGACUGCUGUAAAAUGCCUCUUGAUGCAGAAGGUGCUGACUCUGGAGAUGCUGCUGAGGAAGAAGCUUAGGACGUUCCACAAGCAAAUUUCACAAGAAGAUAAAAACUGGGAAACAAAUAUUCAGGAACUUCAGAAAAAACACAGAAUAACAGACAAAAUCCUUCUUAUCAAAUGCCUGACUGUGCUGGGAUGUGUAAUUCUUAUGUUUUUUCUCAACUCAUUUGUUCCCGGUGUCUACCUAGAUCUUGGCUGGAUUGCCAUUUUGGGAGCCAUUUGGCUGCUAGUGCUAGCAGACAUCCAUGACUUUGAGAUGAUAUUAAACCGAGUGGAAUGGGCAACCCUUCUUUUCUUUGCAGCAUUGUUUGUUCUCAUGGAGGCUUUGGCUCAUUUGCAUUUAAUAGACUACAUAGGGGAGCAGACAGCUUUGUUAAUAAAGGUUGUUCCUGAAGAACAGCGCUUGGCGGUAGCCAUCAUUUUAGUGCUCUGGGUGUCUGCUUUGGCCUCGUCCGUGAUUGACAAUAUUCCGUUCACAGCUACGAUGAUUCCUGUGCUUCUCAACCUGAGUAAAGAUCCUGAUGUUAACUUGCCUAUGAAGCCAUUAAUCUUCUCGUUGGCCAUGGGUGCAUGCCUUGGAGGUAACGGGACAUUGAUUGGAGCAUCUGCAAAUGUUGUUUGUGCAGGAAUUGCUGAACAGCAUGGUUACGGCUUCUCUUUCAUGGAGUUUUUCAGGUUAGGUUUCCCCAUGAUGAUUGUGUCCUGUACCAUCGGGAUGUGCUAUCUUCUUGUUGCUCAUGUUGUAGUAGGUUGGAACUCAUAAUAAUUUAUACUUUCAAGACUCAAAAAAAGCUUUCUGUUUCAUUUAGUUUGUAUGUCAGAAUACAAAGAAGAUACAUAAAAGGAAAAAGGUGGUAAAAACCAACGUACCAACCAACCAAAAUAAAACCCACGAGUGGUAUAAAUCAAGAUGACUGUCUUGUCAGGUUUGGUCAUUCUUCUGUUCUGUGAACAAUUUGCAGGACUAGACAUUCAAAACUGAAAGAAUACUUAUAUUUAAUUGUGAAAAAAGUUACUGUGCGGAUGAAAGGGCACCAUCACCAGUGAAUAUGUUGUGCCUAAAAGUUUGUAUUGACACAAUCUGAGUAGUCACAGAUGAAAAACUCAUUCAUAAUAGCAGAUGUUCAUUAAUUUCUUUUUAGGUCUUCAUUUGUCUUUGUCAAUGUAUUUAGCUAUUUGUAUUAAAGUAACUAAUAUUCAAGUUGUAAUAGACAGUUAAGCAGACAGUCUGUGCACUAUGGAGGAUGUAUCAUUAUCUAUGUUUAAAAAUAAACACAGCUCCUGAAAA